AUGGCUGCCAGGAUUGUGUAUGCAUGCAAAUCUGUCUGCCAGCGUCUGGUCAAAACAUUGUGCGUUGCAUAUAAAGAAAACUUGACCGAGGAUGCUGGAUUUCCCGUGGUGUUUUUGUCCGGCUUUGUCGUCGCCGCGUCGCUUGGGCUUCCGGACACCGGGUAUAUCGCGUUCGGCGAAAUGACGCAAACGAUCGCUGAGGUUGUGCGGCAAGUCGACGUUCCCAUCCUCGUGGACAGGGACACGGGGUACGGAGGGCCGAUGAAUGUGAAAAGGACGGUUCAAGAGUAUGUGCGCCUCGCCUCGCCUCUCCUUUCGUACGGGGUGACACAAAAUUGGUCAGCUGAACCACAUAUCCUCCGCGCAUAUCCUCCAGGAUUUCCUCCCCUCAAACGUCCAUCGGGUAAAACAGCGGACCCUGGCAUGAACGAGCCAGGCUGCGGACACUCUCAAGGCAAGACUGUUGUUCCAGAAGACGAGGCGUAUGCGCGGAUACAAGCGGCCGUGGACGCGCGGAACGAGGGUCUCGACAUUUGGAUCCUGGGAAGAACCGAUAGCCUGAUCCUCGGCUAUGACGAAGCGGUCAAAAGAGCCAGGCGAUUCAUCGAGAUUGGCGUGGAUGCCGUAUUCGUCGAGGCAGUGCCGGACCGGGCCAUGAUGAAGCGGCUGGUGCAGGACCUCCAGUUCCCGUGCAUGGUCAACAUCAUACCAGGGGGGUGCACCGAGGUCGUCUCCACCAAGGACCUCGCGGCCAUGGGAUACGCGUGCGUGGUGUAA